ACGCACACACACAGGCCCCGCCCUCUCUCUGGCACAUAUCCCUGGAAUAAUGGCGACCGGUCUGUUCCGCCUACCGCUCCGAAUUUCCACUCAAAAUGUGGCUUUAUUAAGCCGGAAUCCCGGCUUAAAAGCAUCAAAUAUAUCACGGAAGACUCCAGUUCGGAAUGCAACAUCGACGCCGUCCGGCGCAGUCCUACCGAAGCCGGAUAAAACCCCCUUUGGACUGAUCCGCAUGACGGCUGUGGUGGUGCCCUUCUUGUAUGUUGGUACUCUGAUAAGCAAGAACUUUGCAGCGCUCCUAGAAGAGCAUGACAUCUUUGUCCCUGAGGAUGACGACGAUGACGACUGAGCUGACGGCAUCAAACAAACGGAUGCAUUGCAAUACUGAGUAAAUGGAGAUGAGCUGGAAUAAAGAUGUGUGGCUGAGGUGGAACAUAUAUCAAUCACUCUACGUUCGACCCCCAGUCUCUUCUGCUGUUUAUCAUAUUUUUUAAUUUAAUAAAUAUAUGGAAUAUAUCAUAUCAUGUGAAGCCAGCACCCUGUGAUAUGUGGCAUCUUCACUCUUCUCGCAUGCGGUGGUCUUAGAAACUCAAUGGAGUUAAUACAAAUAAAAUACUUCAG